CGCCGACUUGCCAACGAUCAGGACAGGACAAGGACUAAGACUGCUCACUCGGUAUAAAUGGACAAGUAGAACCGACCCAAAGAGAGAACAAUAGACUGCGCACUCCCACACAAAGAGGUCGCAGAGAGAGAGCACUAGCCACGAUGGCCGACGUGGAAGACGACGAGGUGCUCGAGGUCGACUCGCCCAUGGAGCAGCCCGUGGACCUGGAAGACGACGAGGACAUCGAGGUGCUCAAUGAUCUCCAAGGCGGCUCCCAGGCGCGGCAUCUGCCCGGCCAUGACUCGCCUAUCCAUGCCAGGGCCAAGCCCGAGAAGCGCGAGGAGAUGCUGGACAUGGUCAAGGUGCUGCCCUAUCCCUGCGAGACGCUCGACGAAUUCGACCAGAGGGUCGACUACAUUGCGCGACGCCUUGUCGACUGCGUCUUGACAAAGGACUUCGAUCUCGGACUCGUCUACUGGAACCACAAGCUGCAGUGCCUCCUCGCGCUCAAAUACCCGCUCCAGCGGCCCACGAGGGCCAGGCUUGCCCGCCUCUACUACCAGCUUGCUGUUCUUCCCGGGCUCGAGACUCGGCUGCGGGAGCUGGCGGCGAGGAUGUGCAUCACGCUGCUUGCAUCACGCAAGAAGCUGACGAUUGCCGACCUAGUGCUGCCGUGGAAGCCGUUGUUUGCGCUGCUGGAAGCGGAGCUGUUUCCAAAGCAGCGCCGGACCGCCGUCGCGCCGAUUGGCGAGUGCCUCCUGGACCUUGCCGAGGCCGCCCAGCGCUUCUUCGACCCAGACGACGCCGAGGACAUGCUCGCCGAGUUUCUCCCCCGCAUGGACGGAUCGAACCUCAACUCCGUCAUUGCCACCCAGGCCCUCCUCGUCCACUUUCUGCCCAUCAGCCACCCGCAGCGAUGGCUGCCCGUCAUGUUUCGCCUCUGGGAGACAUUCACGUCGAGCCUCUUUGACGACCAGAUGCUCGAUCUCCUGGCCCGCCUGGCAGAAAUGCACGUCAGCGAUCCCCGUUUCUCCACCCCGCGGUCCCGGACCGAGACGGGGGUCAAUGCAGACGAGAUCGAGGAGCGCUUGCUGCGAGCUGCCUCCUCUUCUUCUUCCGAGACGAGCGGUGCCAAUGCCAAUGCGAAUGCCUCCGCAAAUGCUGAGUCAAGCUCGAGCGGCGAGCAGGGCCUGUGGAGCGAUGCGGGCAUCUUUACCGAGCAGCAGUUUGCCCUCAUUAUGGCCAAAUGCCUGCGAUCGGCCGGCCUGCCUGUGGGAGCCAACAAGAGCGCUAAUGCGGCCCUCAUGGCCCAAUCGGCCUCGCUCAGGACCGGGGCAGAUGCCGCGGCGUCGACGGGCACGCUGCGCAUGAAGAAGCCGUCGGACAGGAUCCAGUCGUUUGCCACCAUCAUCGUGUAUUCCAUGGCCCGCGACUCGAUCCCAUCACCGCCGAGCUCAGCAUUGGGCUCCAGCGUCGCACCCACGCCUGCCGGCACGGGCACGGGCACCCCGGUGAGGCAGGCCCCAGACGAGCUCAACGCGGCCCCGCCGGCGGCACACCAGCAGACGUUCCUCGCCGGCUCAAAGGCCCUCGACAGCCUCGCCCGUUUCAUCCAGGCCACCGAGGGCUACUUCCACCCGUCCAACUGGGGCAUGUGGCAGAUCUCGCUCUCGAGCCUCGUCCAGCACCUGACGUGGGAGUUUGUCAAGCGCACAAAGGAUGAGGAAAAGGCCGAGUGCAAGACGCCCGGGCCCUGGAGACUCACGCCCGACAUUCAGCGCGAAUUCUGCCUGCUGCUGCGCACCGUCUGCCUGCUCUCCAUGUUCAGCAAGGACCCCAUCACGAUUGCUGCGUCGCAGGCCAGCCUCAAGCGCAUGGCCCUCCUCGAGCCGGCCAUGGUCCUGCCGCCCGUGCUGGACCGCGCCUACUCGAGCCUCGAGGCCCUCGAGACGACGCACCGCACCUCGUCAAUCAUCACGGCCCUCUCGACGCUCUCCUACCCGCUCGUGUCGCGCGACAACUACGCUGCCGGCGGCAAGCACCUCGUGCCCCUCCUUCAGCUCUGCAUCCCAGGCAUCGAUCUCAACGACAGCAUAAAGACGAUGGCCACGUCGAUGUUCAUCCUCCUCUCCUGCCUCACCGUCAAGAUCGACGACCUCACGCGGCCAGAGGUCAUGGCCCUGCCCGCCGCCAAGCGAGGCAGCAACGGGAAAAAGACAAAGCAGCCGGCAAGACGCGGCUACGAUGACAUGGACGGCGGCGGCAUGGAUGUCGAUGGCGACGGGGACGAGGAAGAGGAAAACGAAGACGAGCAGCUGAGGAUGAGCACGGCCGGCUUCGAAGAGUGGGCCGUGUCGUUCAUGCGACGCACACUCGCACUCUUUGAGGCCCUGCCCGAGGAGGGCAAGGGGGGCCGCAUCGGGGGCAAGAGCGAGGAGCAUGUCAUCAGCACGCUCCUCUCGGCCUGCGACAUUGUAUGCGGUGCUCUGAGCGACCAUCUGUUUGACUUGUGCUUCAAGAUUGUGGCCGAGCACUGCCUCUCGACCGUCUCGGCGCAGGGCGUGCGUGUCACGGGCAGCCUCGUCGCCUGCUUUGCGCGCGCCAAUGCGAAAAAGGUCCUCGACACCCUCCUCGCGCCCUGCAUCCACAACAUCCGCGCCGAGCUCGACGCCGGGGCCAGCUCGGUGAGGACGACAAACACGAGCGUGCCGCUGGCCAGCGACGCAGCCCUGCACUGGAACAUGUCCAUCGUCAUUGGCGCCCUCAGCCACGCAGGCCCGGCCCUGCUGCCCCACCGGAGCGAGCUGCUGGAGCUGAUGGACCUCGUCUGCACGCGCGCCAAGUCCGAGCGCGGCUUCACCUUUGCCUCGCGCCUCGUCCUCCGCUGCCUCCACGCCCUCCUCUACAUCUACCCCGCCGAGCACCGCUUCGUCAACCCCGACGAGUGGGCGAGCGAGGAGAUGCAGGCCAACAGCCACCUCCACUGGGGCAAGCUGUACAAGUCCAAGGACGUCAAGGUCCAGUGGCACGUGCCCACCGACGACGAGAUUGCCUUUGGCCUCGAGAUUCUCGACAAGAUCGUCGUGCCCCGCAUGGCCCUCGUCGAAGACCUCGUCAGCGAGGGCCGGGCGAGGGACAAGGUCUGGUCCAACGACUUUUGCCGCUACCUGACCCUGAUCCGAUAUGCCCACGGUGCCGUCGCCCACCUCGUCCAGGAGCCCGAGUUGGGUGGGGGAGCACCAGCGUCGGAGAGCGACGACGUGCCCGAGUUCCUCACCACGCCUCCCCGCUUCAAGUCUGGCUUCCUCCUCACGGAUGAAAGCGAUGAGCGGCACAGAGUCAUCGUCGACUUCCGCCGCCGCUUCGGCAGCUUGCUCCAUCGCGCGGCCCAGACGACGCAGGACUCGGGGGCCGAGGACCAGAUCGACAGUGUCCGCCUCCUCAUUCGCUCCAUCCGCUCCUUUAUGACGUCCUACAGCUUCGACGCCGACGACUACAAGGCCCACUCGGCGAGCAUCGCCUUCAUUCGCAACGUGUCCAAGCUGUAUGCCAAGCAGAAGGCCUUUCCACGCGCCUACUGGCUGCGCACCGCCAGCUACGCGCACUCGAGCAGGGGCCGGCUCAACUCCUUUCACCGCCACCGGUCCCAGCUCGACGACGAGUUGAUCGGCCAGGUGCUCGAGUUUUCGCUGAGCAACUACCGGGGCAUCCGCAAGUCGGCCCAGAACUCGCUCGACGUCCUCGCCCAGCACUACGACGGCACCCGGACGCUGUGUCUGCCCAAGCUGCUCGACACGCUGCGCAACGAGACAAAGAACGAGGACCGGAUCAAGGGCGCCCUCUACGUCCUCGGUGCAAAGGGCUUCUCCAACCUCGCCAUCGUCGACGCCCGCUUCUCCGCAGACUACGUCCUGGCCUUUUUGCACGCCCAGCGACAUCCCAAGCCCUCGAUUCAGAAGCUGGUAAGGGGCAUCAUGGGCGACUUUGUCGUCCGCUUUGCCGAGCCGUGCACCAUCCGAAACGCCAUCGAGUCGCCUGCCCUGCUCGAGGCUGCCCGGCUCGUCGAGGCCAACUUCACCAGCAGCCCGCUGCCGCGCGACGAGGCCCUACUCGCGCGUGUGUCGCAGAAAAGGGCCGAACGGACAGCCCAGAUUGACCAUAUGGUGCAGUCGCUCCGGCCGAGCGUCCUCGAGGUGGCCACGGCCCCCAAGACGCACUGGAGCUUUGCCAUCUAUGCUGCUCGGCUGCUCCGCGUGCUCAUGCGCCGCGACGAGCCGCUGGACGCCGAUGCGGCGCGCUAUCUGACCGAGCAGCUCAUCUCGGAAAACCAGAGCAUGCGGCGCGUGGCGGAGACGGCUGUCACGAGGGUGCUCUACCACAUCAAGCUCCGGACCGUGUGCGCAACCGAAGAGGACCUCAUUAUGUCCAAGUCGACCAAGCAUCCUCUGAAGCACACCGAGACUCUUCCGAAGCCAGUACCGAAGCAGUGGGUCGAAGAGCGCCUGCGCGAGUUCAAGGAGCCGACGACGACGACAGAGGACAAGACGAAGCUGAGCGACAAGGGCGCGCAGGGCUGGCUCGUCUGGGGCUCCCAGGAGACGUACUACACUGUCCCACCGGGCGACGAGCCGGUGUUCAAGUGGGAUCCCACGUCGCAGGCGGCACUCGAUGCAGUCCGCGAGGUGCUGCAGUCGGACUCGCACUGGGACAAAUUGUUUGGCCACCUUUCGCAGGAGAGCGAGCGCGACUACCUGUCCGCCGAGACGAUCAACCUGAUCAAGUCUAUUUUCCAAAUCUACGGUGUCGGGAUGCUCAGUCAUGUCCGCCAGCGCGUCGAAGCGUACAUCGGGGAAAGAGACAGGCACAAGCACCGAGCUGCGGCAGAGAUUGUGGCAGGUGCCUACCGAGGGUCCAAACACUGGCCGGCGUUGCACCAGGACGAGCUGUGGGCCUGGCUCGAUGCGCUGCUGCCCAAGAUCUUCAAGGGCUGCACCCCCGACAGCCAGCCAGCGUGGCAGAUGUGCGUCGAGUACAUGCUCCACAAUCGGGACCCACGCCGCGCCAAGAAGCUCGUCGACUACGUCGUCACCGCCGCCAAGGAGUCGAUUGGCAAAGACUCGACGACGCAGUCUCCCUUUGAGCAGGCCAAGGCGCAGAACCUGCUGCGGGGCGUCAUGCUCAGUCUCAACUCCAAGUUCACCGCCUGGGCUCCCGAGCUCGUGCGUCUGUACAGCGAGAACUUCGCACACGACUUUGCAGAGGUGCGCACCAUCAUUGGCGAGUCGCUCGCCGAUCUCGAUCUGCUCCAGGUCGCCCCGUGCUUCGGAUCCGUAGACGAGCUCCUGGCUGCGAGCGCCGCCGCCAAUGGAACGCUCCUUCGGGGCGGCCAAGACGAAGACUCGUACUACUCGGUCGCGCUCUCGCAGCUUGCUGCAAGACUGGCCGAGUACCGUGCGGAGCGGAUCCCGACAUCACAGGGUACGUCGACGUACGACAAGGUGGCCAUGACGACGCUACUCUGGAUCUCGAUCACUCUGGCCGACUUUCGUAAUGGCACCAUGGCCAAGCAGGCCAUUGGCUUCAUCCCCACCAUUCUCGCCUGCGCCGAGCUGCACGACAAUGCCGAGCUUUCGCGUGUGGCCAAGGCGGUCCUUGUCCGUGUAGCCACGUACCGCUUCGAUGCCGCCUUUGUGCCGCUGCUCGUGCGCAAGCUGCUGGACGUCAUUGUGCACUCCAAGGACAGCUGGCGCGCCCGCCUCGACGCACUGCCCAUCCUCCAGGUCGUCUACUUCCAGAACCUCUUCUACCUCGACCCGAGCCUCGUCCAGGACAUCAUCGAGGUUCUCUUUGCGCUGCUCCGCGACCCGCACCUCGAGGUGCGCGAGAUGGCGGCGACGACGCUGAGCGGCAUUGUGCGCUGCAGCCAGCGCAAGCUCAUCCACACGCUCCGCAAGCGCUUCACCGACGUCGUCCAGACGACGCGGCUGCCCAAGCGCGGCGCCGACAACUUCAACGACCAGCUCGUCAAGCUCCACAGCGGCAUCCUCGGCAGCACCGCGCUCCUGGCCGCGUUCCCGUACGAGGUGCCCGCGUGGAUGCCCCAGCUCAUCGUCGAGACGGUCGCGCAGCACAACGACAGCCCCGUGCCCGUGAGCACGACGGUAAAAAAGGCCGCCGGCGACUUUAAGCGGACCCAUGCAGAUACGUGGAAGGAGGACGUGCGCGUGUUUAGCUCCGAGCAGCUCAUGGAGUACCACGAGUGGGGCGGCAGGACGGACUACUAUGCUUGAGCUUCCCCACUGUUCUUCUUCUUCUCCUUCUUCUUCUUCUCCAUCAGUGAGGAGGAAAUGUAUAACGCCAGAUUGAGGUUUACGAUUCAUCCAGAAGAGAGAAAAAUGAGAAGAGAGAAAAAGAAAAAAAGGGGGGUGAGAGGAGAAGUCGAAAUAAGAGUAGCGAAGAGCAAAGAGUGAACCAGGAGACAAAUUUGCGUGUGUCUGUGGUGUCGAGUAAGUGGGAUGAGAGGAGA